UAACUUAAGCUUUUUCCUCAACUAUGUCGUGCGAAAUAAUAAUUCGCCACGCCCGAGCCGAAGAUCUGCAGCAGCGUAUGGAUCUCGUACGUAAUGGCUAUUCGGGUUACUUUUGGAAUGCAUGUUUAUUCUUUUUCUUCCAAGAGUUGACUUUGGAAUGUUGUGUACUGGCUGCUGCUAUCCUGUUCAUUUUCUUUGGGGUGUCUGCUACUACUUGUCUACUGCUCCUACCCGCGGUUGCCGCAAUUGUCGCAGCUGCUGUAGCAUCCGUUCAUUACUCACUGGCAUACAAACAUUCACAGAGUUUGUGUGAAGAGAUAUUUGGUAUAGUGGCAGAGUUGAAAGGAGCACUGCAACUGGAUCCAGGAGCUAGAAAAGUGCCAAUAAAAAUCCAGCUAGAUGCAAAAAAGGAAUCUAGUUAUUUACAAGUAUUUAUUAUCACAUCUAUAAACUUAUUGGUACAGUCAGUGUGUCAGAAUUCUGGGGUCCUCAGAAUAGCGGGUGGCUGCAUGCACUAG